AAUUGAUACGGAGAAGAAAAGGGAAUACGAGCUGGAUUUCUUUCUCUCUCUGACGCCAGUGUUUACCAGCACAUGAUAAGUUGGCACAAAGUAACCUAGUCACUUGAGCUUGACUAUGACUGCAGAAAUUUGGGACGUUAUUAUUGUUGGCGCCGGACUAUCUGGAUUGAGUGCAGCUCAUUUGCUCAGAAAAAGGGAUGCCAAGUUGAAGAUACUUAUACUGGAAGGAAAAGAUCGGGUGGGAGGUCGCACAGUGUCUACUGCAAUACCAGCAGCCAAUGGUGUUGAUCGCUGGGACUUUGGAGGACAGUGGGUAGGAAGCACCCAAACCCACAUCUUGGAGCUUAUAAAGGAGCUGGGCUUAGAGACCUUCCCACAAUUCAAUAUUGGCAAGAAGGUGUACCACUUGGGUGGGCCGGGUGCCAGAGUUCUCACCUACAGAACCAGCAUCCCUGCUCUAUCCCCACUGGUGCUAAUGGACCUCACCCAGUUCCUGUGGAAGAUUGACAGAUUGUGCGCUACAGUGUUUGUCCAGGAUCCUUCGAAGACUCCCAAUGCUGUGGAACUGGACAGCAUGACCCUGCACUCGUUCAUUGAGCAACAUGGCUGGACUGCUGAACUAAGAGAGGAGCUCGGACUGUGUAGCAGGUCUGUCUUUGGCAUGGAGCCAUCCCAGAUGUCCUUCCUGUUCUUCCUCAUGUAUGCUGCAGCAGCUGGAGGACUGCUGCCACUUCUGGAGAACACAGCGGGGUCUGCUCAAGAGUUCAAGAUAAAGGGAGGCACCCAACAGCUUUCAGAGUGUCUGGCAGAACGUGUGGGGCGGAAGAAUGUCCGGCUGGGUUCUGCUGUGACGGCCAUAUGGCAGGGUGCUGAGUGGGCCAGGGUGAUGACUGCCACCGACACUUUCUUGUGCAGAGCUGUGAUUGUCACCUGCCCCCCUCAUUUGGCAGCGAAAAUCCACUACGAGCCAGCCCUGCCCAGCCAGAGAGCGUUCCUUACCCAGAACAUGCCUGUGGGCCACAUGAUAAAAUUCAUCAUUACCUACGAGACGGCUUUUUGGAAGGACAAAGGCUUCUCUGGGGAAAUAGUGUCAGGAUCCUCCACUGGCUGCCCAUUCUGUGUGACCUUUGACGCCACCAGCCCCAAUGGUAAUGCUGCUUUGGUGGGCUUCAUCGCCGGCCAGCAGGCUUCUCAGUGGACGUCCAAGGAGGCUGGAGAAAGAAGAAAAGCUGUGAUUUCCAGUCUAGUAAAAUACCUCGGAUCUGAGGCUGCAUCUUUGAUCCACUAUGAGGAGAAAGACUGGGCUAAGGAGGACUACAGCGGGGGCUGCCCUGUUAAUGUCAUGGCACCAGGUCUGCUAACAUAUUACCACCCUAGCCUGAGGAAGCCCUGUGGCAGGAUCCAUUGGGCAGGCACGGAGACGGCCACACAGUGGUGCGGUUACAUGAGUGGUGCAGUGCAAUCCGGUCAGCGAGCAGCUCUUGAAGUACUGGCUGAACUCCGCCCCAUGACCCUGACCCAAGAGGAGCAGGAAGCAGUGAGGCAGGGUCAAACUGUCGAGGGUCCUGCACGGCCAACACUAUCAUCCAGAAUCACGUACCUGCCCACAAGUAAGGCUGCGGUCAUUGCAGCGCUCAUGAUAGGUGCUGCUCUCCUGUUGGCGCAGCAUCAAAAUGCUUUGCUGAAGGUCAAAACGUACUUGACAAAUGUAGUUUGACCAUCCCAGUCUAUUAUAUUCCCAAUGUAACAGACACCUGGAAAACAAGUGCAUAUCAUUAGCAUGGUUUUGAUUUAGAUGUCUAGAUGCUUAUCGUUAAAUGAUUUUUAUUCUUACUGCUUUUAGUGCUUAUUUCAUAACAAAGUUAGAAAGUUAGACUCAAUUAGCUUCAAUUGUAGAUUAAAUACAACGUGCUCUUUAAUCAGUUAGCUGUGAUGUUUUCUCACUGCCAUGAUGUUUCUUUUACACAAUUCUUGUUUGCAAAAUGAGACUAAAAAUAAAAGGGACUUAAUGACCCCACAAUCCUCA